AGCUGUGCUUUCAUGGCGACCUGUUGAGCGCUGUGGCCACACGCUUUCUUGCCAAUUUCGCCAAGUAAAUGUGCUUUCGUAUCGCCACUGAAUAUUUGCCCGUGUUCAGCUCUGACUCUCAAACUAGAAUGAAGUGUUCUGUGGUCUUGCUUCUCACCUUCUUGCUGGUGAUCAAUGGGAUUAGCGGAGUGCCAACACGUCAAAAGGAGGCCGAGACUAAAGAGACAUCCUCUGCCGAUGCCUCGACAAAUGUCGAACGAACUGCCGAAGAUGAUUCGGACAUGCUGAUGGAGCCCGAUGAGUUCCACGACACCUCCAUCAUCCCUGCCGUCCUGUAUUCGCACCACACCACGCACGCGGCCGAGUCUGGCUUCCAUCCCAUCGCCAAUCCCGAGUACACGACGCUCUCCUAUCCCUCGGGCCCCUCCUCCUCUCCAGCCACCGCCCACGAGGCCGACGCGCCGGCUUCUGAGGCGCAGAACUACUUCCAGUCCUACUUCAGGAACACCGUGCCACCGCUCGGCCACUCCAGGCCCUACUACAGUUCCGGCCAUCACCGAGGCGAGGGCACCACUGGUACUCGCUACAGCUCGCUGCGGAGCGUCGGUGGGAACUUUGAUCAGGCCAUCCUUGGCUCCGGGGACUUCGGAGUGAUCCGCGGCGGCACGUUCUACGGCGAGAACGAUCCGCCAUUCCGCGACACUGGUGACUUCUACAAUUACUACAACCACAAGAACGGCCACCAGCGUCCGCACGCCGCCGCCUACGUCCAGCGCUACACGUAUCCCGAGGAGCAGUUCGCCAACUUCCGCGACUUCGCCGACAUCAAUGCGCCCUCGGACUCCGCAUACUCGCAAUUCGUCGUGGUGUACGCCAACAAGAAUUCCACGGAGGCCCAUCCGAAUCCCAAGAACAUCUUCGAGCAGCUGGAGUUGCUGGACAAGGCGGAGGAGAAGAAGAACAAGGGCCUGAGCAAGCACAAAGCCAAGCUGGCGGCCACCAAGUUGGAGAAGAAGUACAGGAAGAAGCUGAGCCCCAAGGAGGCCGAUCUGCUGGAGCCACUGCUGGCGCUCAGCUAAGCUCUA